AUGGACGCAGCAGCUGCGGCCGCCGCCGCCGCCGCCGCCGCCGCCGCCGCAUCGGAAACCCCAUUUGUCCGCCGGUCAUUUUUCACUAACAAUUGGAACCCCUCGUUGCUCGUUCUGCAUAGGCCCGCAGUAAAUCUUACGCCAAAGUUUCCACCCAGAAAACUCAGCUGCACCACUUGUUGUACGUCGCCGUACCACUCCCCGAUCUUUUUAUUCAACUCAAAUGUUAGGGUUCCCUUUCGGUUGUGUUCCUUCAAAACCAGUUGUUUGAAUGAUAAUAUCAGUGAAUCGGCGAGGGCUGUAAGUUUUGAGAAUAUUUUAGCAAGGAGAAGAAUAGCCAUUGCCGCCGUAGCUGUUGGGGUCCUCUUUAUAUUUAGAGGGCAAACGGCAUUGGCGGUGGAGGGUGUUGUGAGUGCGGGUUACGGGGUCUGGGAGCGGAGCUUGUUGGCUCUGAGGAGCUCAUGGCCCAAGGUUUUGCAGGUUUUGACUCUUUUCAGGGAACAGGGUUUGAUUCUUGCGGCUCUACUAGGGCUAUCUGCAUUUUUCUCCAUGGCAGAGACCUCCAUCACAACGCUUUGGCCUUGGAAGGUGAGGGAAUUGGCUGAAAAAGAGUCAGAGAAUGGUGUCUUCAAAAUGCUACGAAAUGAUGUUACUCGGUUUCUGACGACAAUCCUCAUUGGCACCACAGUUGUGAAUAUUGGUGCUACAGCAUUAGUCACUGAAGCUGCUACAGCCAUAUUUGGUGAAGCUGGUGUCAGUGCAGCUACUGGAGUCAUGACAGUUGCUAUUCUGCUUCUCACUGAAAUUACUCCGAAAAGUAUAGCUGUUCACAAUGCCACUGAGGUCGCAAGCACUGAUAAACUGCUAUCCCGAUUGCAUUUAGGUCAGACCAGUGGCAUGGCUUUCACUUGUACUGUAUCCUGUCGGCAGAGUCGUAACAUAUUUGUCAAUGGGAAUGCUGAAAUUGCUAGGUUUGAAAGGAAGAAGGUGAGCGAACCAUAUGUAACUGAGGAUGAACUAAAAUUGAUGUUACGUGGAGCUGAGUUAAGUGGGGCAAUUGAGGAGGAAGAACAGGACAUGAUUGAAAAUGUGUUGGAAAUAAAAGAUACUCAUGUUAGAGAGGUGAUGACACCUCUUGUUGAUGUUGUUGCCAUAGAUAGCAGUGCAACACUUGUUGAUUUCCAUAACUCCUGGGUGGAGCAUCAGUACUCCAGGGUUCCUGUCUUUGAGGAGCGAAUUGACAACAUUGUUGGUAUUGCAUAUGCAAUGGAUCUUUUGGAUUAUGUGCAGAAGGGGGAACUUCUCGAAAGUUCGGUGGUGGGAGAUAUGGCCCACAAACCUGCAUACUUUGUUCCUGAUCUCCGGCACAUCUUUGAAUAUGUAGCUGGUGUGAGAAGCACAAUUAUCAUUAUCUCAAGCCACAUGUAUAAUUCAAUGUCUGUGUGGAAUCUUCUUAGAGAAUUUCGCAUCAGGAAGGUACACAUGGCUGUUGUUCUGAAUGAAUACGGAGGAACAGUUGGUAUUGUGACCCUUGAAGACGUGGUUGAAGAAAUUGUUGGUGAAAUUUUUGAUGAAAAUGAUUCAAAGGAGGAAAUUCGGAAAAAAACUGGAUAUGUGGUUAUGCGUGCUGAAGGUAUAUUUGACGUGGAUGCUAAUACAUCUAUCGACCAGCUAUCUGAAGAUCUAAACAUUAAAAUGCCAGAGGGUCAUCAGUAUGAAACAGUGUCAGGUUUUGUCUGUGAGGCAUUUGGAUAUAUCCCGAGGACAGGUGAGACCAUAAAAGUGGUCCUUGAAAGAGCUUGUCAAGAAGAUCAUGGUGAUUAUAAUGGGGCAGAAUCUAACCGUCUAGAUGAAAAUGAGAAGACUCAUAUAUUUAAACUUGAGAUAUUGGCUGGAAAUGCAAGAAAGGUUAGUGCUGUUCGGUUUGAACGAAUAAACAAUGAAGAGGCGUCAUCAGGGGCCAAAGACGUUACUGUUUUGGUAACGAAAAUUAGGAAAAUGAAAUCAGGCAGUGAAGAUGAAUUAGUUAGGACAGAGUUUGAUGAGGAUCCAGUUCACCAAGUAGCAAAUGAUUAUGUGCCUAUACAGGAAGACAGUAAUAAGGAUCAGUCGAGCAAUUAGUAAUUGUAUUCACUAAAAGACAAGCAAGAAAAAGAAGAGAGAGGGAGAGAGAAUCGAAAAGUUGAAUGUAGUUUCAUUGCUCAUUCUUUUCCCAUAUGAGUUGAAAUGAAAGUGCGGAGUAAUUUUGGUUUAGAAAUAAAUACUGCUGCAGUUUUGUGCAUGAUUUAGCUGCAAAUGAACUUCCAAAGCUGAAAAUAUGUUGAGAAAGCCCCAACAAAGGGAAGGAAAGGACAGAUGGCGGACUGUUCGUUGUGUCUGAUGGCUUUGUCUUUGUUCGGCUGACCAUAUCUUAACCCUUGCACGUUCGAGGAACAAAAACAAUGUGGAGCUAAUGUGCACUGAUGCCAUGGAGUGCCUUUUGGUGUUUUCCUUGUGUGGAGAUAUUUUGUUCUUUGUUCUUUCUU